GUUCAGGUAAGACUUCCUCAGGUGGAACGCGGGAAGAGGGUGGCUAGUGCAAGGAUCAGAUAGCACCUGCUGGGACGCUCGUUUAUUAAUGAUUUAACAAGGGCGAUCACAUGGGGCAGCUGCCGUUUUUUUCUCUGCCCUCACUUUCCUCGCCAGCAGACCUGACAAGCACACCAGAUGGAUGGGUCCAGCAAGGAGGAAGCGGAGGACAGCACCUUCACCAACAUUCCCCUUGCGGAUGACACAGACCAGUCAUCAAGGAUUUUGUAUCCGAGGCCCGGAAGUUUGUUACCCAAGAUGAUGAAUGCCGACAUGGAUGCAGUUGAUGCUGAAAAUCAGGUGGAACUGGAGGAAAAAACACGACUUAUUAAUCAAGUGUUGGAACUCCAACACACACUUGAAGAUCUCUCUGCAAGAGUAGAUGCAGUUAAGGAAGAAAAUCUGAAGCUAAAAUCAGAAAACCAAGUUCUUGGACAAUAUAUAGAAAACCUCAUGUCGGCUUCUAGUGUUUUUCAGACAACUGACACGAAAAGCAAAAGAAAGUAAGGGACUGAUGUCCCUUCUGUCUUACGGAAUUGCUGCUGAUCUUUUGUUUCUUUAAAACUUGAUAGAUUCUAGAAGUUAUAGUACCUUUGUUUGUGGCUUCAUUGACUAUUUAUAAAGGUAAUGUCAGAUCUAGGCAAAAUGAAGAGUGUAAGAGAGGACUUCCAUGAGUUUGCAUAUUAUGUUAGUUUAUGAAAACGUGAAAAUGUAGACUUUAUAAUUAGAAAUGCAUAUAUUUAUGAAACUUGAUAAGGUUUUAUUGAAUUUGCUUUUGAUCUGUAGGUUUAGCACCGUGUUUUAUUAUAGGCAGAGUAGGACAUACAAGAAAAUAACAUGUUGUGAAAAAGUGACCAAAAUCAUGUACUAAAUGCACAGCUUUUUGUACCCUGUCUACCAUCUUGUGCCUCUUCUGCAUUUGCUUCUUCCUCCCCAUUUCCCUUCCCCUGGAGGAAAAAAUUGGUUUCACAUCUGUAAGAGUAAUUUUAGUAGUCAAUCAUUUAUGAGAGUAACCUGAACUCUACUGGUGAAACUCAACAGGGCUCGUCGUUUGUCACUCGGCCAUGGGCCCACAUAAUGGCAUUUCAGUCAGUGACAGACUGUGGCUGUGAUGGGCAGUGCACCUACUGUGUGGCCCAGUGUGCAUAGUGGGCACACUGCCCAGCUUUGUCUAAGGGCACUCCGUGAUGUUUGCACAACUAAAUUCCUCAACGACGCUUUUCUCAGAACUCAUCCCGUCCGUCAUUUGGCAGUGCAUGACCGUGUUUAGUGCUGGGACUGAGGCAGGACUGCUGGUUUCUCUUUUCUCAAUGGAAAACAGAGGCUAUAAAAAUGAAGAUUUUUUUCCUUGAAGCUGAAUUGUCAAAUUGGGGAAAUUGUUGAAAACUUCCCUCUUACACAAAAUAACUUAGCUAUCUGAGAAGGUGAGCUCUGGUUGUGCAUAUGUUUGAA